UCGGUCGGCAAUAUGUAAGCCAUUUGAUCAGUCGUAAAAAAACCAUUGAAGCAGUCAGUAUAACUACGAGUAUCAUUGCAACUAUAAAAUCGAAAAUGAAUGUUUUCUUUGUUUUACUGCUCUGUCCAUUUUUAAAUGUUUUGGCAAGUUCUAGUCAAACAUAUACUCCAAGAAGACCUACUCGAAGAACUCCUGACAAACUUACUAAAGCAAAUAAAGGAGAUAGAAACAGACUUAAGUUUACAAACGUACUCAUUGACAAACAUAUUUUAGAAAGAACCAUUAGGAACAAAAUAAUACAUUUUGUUGUUCGUCUAGAUGAAGAAAUAAUGAAGAAAAUGACUUUUAUGUUUGCACUACCUGAACGAAGUAUUGAUGAGGACUUGGAAUACCAGAAGGCAUUGGAGGAAGAACUGCAACUAGAAUUAAACAGAGAAUUUGGCCUUAUUCCCAAUGAGGUUAUAUUCCAAGCUGGUAGUCGUAGAGCAACUGCGAAUGAUCUUGGAGCUGUUCGAAGAGGAAUGAUGAAACUAGCUUUAAAAUCGUUUAUAACCGAUAUAAGAGACAAACAUAGGACCAACAGUAUAGAUUUUACACACACAUGCCGAAUCAUAGGAUUGUUCUGGAGUAUGAGAUUUCCAGAUGAAUACACAACAAAUGCUGAUGUUGAAGGCGAAGUUUGUGUUAUACGUCAUAAAGAGCACAUACAAAUCUCAUGCGCAUUCUAUGAGGGCGAUAUAUGUUUUGUAAACAACGAAAACCACGAUUUGACAGGGGGAAGCAUAAUCCCUUGUUUAAAUUAAAUAAUUUUUAUUCUCCCACGUUUAUUUUAAUAAAUAAUACAUUUUUUCUGUUCAUAUUUUUAAAUGUUUUUGGAUGCCACACUUAUA